GUUCAGGGUCAGAAAUGCCUUAUGUGGAUCGUCAGAAUCGCAUUUGUGGUUUCCUAGAUAUUGAAGAAAAUGAGAAUAGUGGGAAAUUUCUGCGGCGGUAUUUCAUUCUGGACACACGAGAGGACAGUCUGGUCUGGUACAUGGAUAACCCACAGAACCUUCCCUCAGGAUCCCCACCUGUUGGAGUCAUUAAACUUACCUAUAUUUCAAAGGUUAGUGAUGCAACUAAGCUGAGGCCAAAGGCAGAAUUCUGUUUUGUUAUGAAUGCAGGGAUGAGAAAAUACUUUCUACAAGCCAAUGAUCAGCAGGACCUUGUUGAAUGGGUUAAUGUUCUGAACAAAGCUACCAAAAUCACAGUACCAAAGCAGUCUGAUCCUCUGUGUCAAAUGGAUAAUGCAAAUCGCCAAGCUGAAAGCCCAGCUGGAAAGAAGCAAGUGUCUUACAGGACAGAAAUAGUUGGUGGUGUUCCUAUCAUUACACCUACCCAGAAAGAAGAAAUCAGUGAGUGCAGUGAAGGGAGCGAUAGGAAUUAUUUGAAACGGUCACAAAGUCACCUUCAUUAUUUUACUGCUAAGCAUCCCCCAGAUAAUGCUAUUAUCAAAGCUGGCUACUGUGUAAAACAAGGAGCAGUGAUGAAGAACUGGAAGAGAAGAUACUUUCAGUUAGAUGAAAACACAAUAGGAUAUUUCAAGUCUGAACUGGAAAAGGAGCCUCUCAGGGUUAUACCACUUAAGGAGGUCCAUAAAGUUCAGGAAUGCAAACAGAGUGAUAUAAUGAUGAGAGACAAUCUCUUUGAAAUUGUAACAACUUCUCGAACCUUUUAUGUACAGGCUGACAGCCCAGAGGACAUGCACAGCUGGAUAAAAGCAAUUUCUGGGGCUAUUGUAGCACAACGGGGACCUGGAAGAUCAGCAGCUUCCGAGCAUCCCGAGUCUUCUUCCGAACCCAACCAUGCUCUCCGUUCUGCCUUCCCAGCCCCAGCCCCCUCACAUUCCACAGCCCCUCACAGCAGCCCUCUGGUCCCAAACACUCACACCAAAUACCCUGCCUUGGAGAAGCGAGGAUUUCACGAAUCUUUUACCAAGGCCAAGCCAGGGAGCUACAAGAUCCAGGUUGUCGCUCCAAGAGAAUCAGCUUCCAAAGUGACUGAAAGGGACCUCUGGGAACCCCGAAGGAAGAAUGGCACUCAGGAACAGGAUCCUGGCCUUGUGGAUCUGGAUGAUGCAAGCCUUCCAGUUAGUGACGUGUAGUGAUGGAAGUGUUUGGAGAAUGAUCCAUUUGUUCGGUCCUCUAAUUUCCUUGCUUGGACUUUGAACCAAAGAAAAUGAUAGGAAAUGAGAACAAAAAA